AUGUGUGAUGAUGUGGAACCUAAUUUUGACGCUAUGAAUGACAGAGUUGAACCUGUUAUGAUUGAUUUGACUGAUGUGUUUACUACCGGCAUGCUGUUUGAUACACGAGAUGAAUUAUUGAAAUGGGCUAGAAAUGUUGGAAGGGAAAAUGGAAUUGUUGUUGUGAUUUUUAGAUCUGAAAAUGCGACCGCACGACCAAGAACAAAGACAAAAUCAAUUAUUGGUUAUGAAAGAAGUGGUAAAUAUAGACCAUGGAAGAAUCAUAAUCUUACGAGGAGUACUUGGACUAGAAAAUGUGAUUGUCCAUUUAGAUUGAGAGGAACACGAUCAAGUGUUGGUGAUGGAUGGUAUUUGCAUGUAAUAUGUGGUCUCCAUAACCACGAAUUGGCCAAAAAACUAACCGGUCACUCUUUCUUAGGCCGAUUGUCUCAAGAUGAGAAAAAUGUACUUGGUGAUAUGACAAAGAACUUUGCAGCGUCAUCCCAAGAAGUCAGACUCACCCCAAGAAGCUCACCCAACAACUCUGCAGUGUCAUCCUUGUUAAAUAUAUUAAUGCUGAAGAAUGCACCGGUGAUGGGUAUAUGCAGCAGCGACGAGACAUCGUCCAAAGUAAUGGUCAUCUCCCCAAUUGGAAGAUGA